AUGUCUCUGGUCACAGAAGAGAUCAAAGCCAAUGCAGAGGUCUACUAUGGACAUGAAAUCUGCCAAGAGAAAACAAAGCUCCUCCUCAAGGAAGUAGGCUUGCCCAAUGGCCUCCUACCCUUGGAAAACAUGAAGAAGAAGACUGAACACAAGUUUGACAAGGUUGGCAGGCUCGUGUCCUUUGCAAUUGAGAUCACAGCCUACGCCGAGCCAAACAAGAUCAAGAAGCUCACUGGAAUCAAGACUAAGGAGCUCUUUCUUUGGAUCACAGUGAGUGACACAUACAACGACGAUCCCCCUACCACAAAGAUCAAUUUCAAGACUCCCACAGGGAUAUCCAGGUCUUUUCCAGUGUCGGCUUUUGAGGUUGAGGAGGCCAAUAAGGAGGUGAAGGAAAGCAAUGGAGUGACUAAUGGAGUCAAUGGAGUGAAGGAGGUGAAAAAAAGCAAUGGAGCGACUAAUAGAGUCAAUGGAGUGAAGGAGAUGAAGAAAAGCAAUGGAGUGACUAAUGGAGUCAGUGAAGUGAAGGAGAUGAAGAAGCAAUGGAGUGACUAA